AUGGGAAAACAAAAAAAAGCACCAUGGAUUCCACAUGGAGUGAUCAUGGGACGUGGUUAUUCUAUUAUGAUGCAACAACUACACCAAGAACAAGAACGAAAUAUUGCUCCAGAUCUGGCCAUCAUCGAACAAAAACGACUCGCAAAACACCGCUACGAUGACUGGUGCCAUGAACAAGAUAAAAAAUGGGAACUAAAAUAUAGAACAGAAGUGCGACGUGAUCGUUAUCAGCAGCAACGUCUUCGUCAACAAGAGCGACGUCUUCGUCUCCAAGAAAGAGAAGAAAGAGAUCGACGUAAGUGCAGUAAUUAUCGUUAA